AUGCCUCUCACGAGAAGAAGCGCAAUGAAGAGGAAGAGCACGGAGCACGCUGGAGAAGCGGAAUCUCCGAAGCGGCUUCGCUUCAGCGAGGCCGUGAAGGAGAUUCACGUAGAGAACGUGGAAGAGACAAUGCUGAGAAAUCAUGGCAUACGUGUCACAAGACCAGCGUUCUUCAUGGAUAUGAAGGAAGAAUUUUGCAAUGAAAACAAUCAUAAUUUCGAAAAGUCGCUGCUAAUUCAGCCGCCGUUUAUGAAAGACGAUUCGAAUUGUUCACUGCCAGACUCGGUCAACUACUCAAUGAAUGAUUUGGGGUUCAACACUCAGAAUGAUGAGAUAUCGCAACGAUAUGACGCCAUUGCAAAGAUGGUAUCGCUGAAGAAGCCAUCGCCAAUCCGCCACCAAUGCCUCAAGUUCCACAACAGGCGCGACCGAAACGGAUGGCCGCUGAACGAGCUAGGAGCAACAUUCGAUCAAUGUAUGCCAGCAACCUCUUGUAAAGAAACCGCAUCACGGCCAGAAAGUGAUGAGAAUUGA